AUGGGACAAACCUUAUCCGAGCCGAUAAAAGAGAAACAUAGUAGCUCUGAUAAGGAUGGUCGUCUUAUGUAUGCUGCUUCAGCGAUGCAAGGCUGGCGUAUAAGCAUGGAAGAUGCCCAUACUACAAUUCUUGAACUUGAUAACCACAAAGGUCACAGUUUUUUCGCUGUGUAUGAUGGUCACGGUGGUCAAAAUGUUGCAAAAUAUAGUGGCAAUCACCUUCACGACCGCAUUGUCGGAAAUGAAGAAUUCGCUAAAAAAAAUUAUCAUGAGGCAAUAAAAAAUGGGUUCCUUGGUACCGACGAUGAUUUGAGAAAAGAUCCUCAAUAUACAAAUGAUCCCUCAGGAUGUACAGCAGUCACAGCUCUUGUAACUCCUGAUAAUCGAAUUAUUGUGGGUAAUGCCGGUGAUUCGCGUGCUGUUAUAAGUAUUGGUGGAGUGGCAGAUCCUAUGUCAGAAGAUCAUAAACCAGUUAAUAAAGAGGAAACGGCUCGAAUUCUAAAAGCUGGCGGAUUUGUGGAGUUCGGUCGUGUCAAUGGUAAUCUGGCUUUAUCUCGUGCAAUUGGUGAUUUUGAAUUCAAGCAAAAUGAGAAUUUAUCUCCUGAAGAACAAAUUGUCACAGCUAUGCCUGAAACUAAAGAAAGACAUUUGGAUCAAGAUACAGAAUUUCUAGUAAUUGCAUGUGAUGGUAUCUGGGAUUGUCUUACAUCUCAGGAUGUUGUCGGAUUCAUCCGUCGGGAAAUUUCGCUCGGCCAUGACUUGAAAGUCGCUUGUGAAAAUCUCAUGGAGCGAUGUCUCGCACGUGAUAGUGAACUUGGUGGCAUCGGAUGUGAUAACAUGACAGUGAUUAUCGUUGCUUUUCUGAACGGCAAAACCGAGAAGGAAUGGUACGAUUGGAUAAAACAGCAAGUACAGCAAGGAGUUGGACCUGCUCUCGAAGAAGAAAAAGCAACUAAUGCUGUUUCCGAAUCUCUUGACCUGAGUAUGGAGAUGGACGAAGAAGAUCUAGAGCUUUCGCAUGAUACUACGGACGAUUUAUCAAUUGGGUUAGACGAUAAUGACGCACCACAACAAAAUGCAUCCAAUACUGAUAUUCCUGGUACUCAGUCGAGACGACAUAAUAGAACUAGUUCCGGUAGUAAUAGUCACUCAUCAAGCCGGAGUAGCAGCAACGAUUCUAGUUUAAGCGCAGAUUUUAAAACCAAUGUUAAAGAUGUUGAUAAAAAGAUAACUUCACAACAAAAAAAUAACAAUACAUCAACAUCGCCGACAUCGUCGUCGCCACUAUCGGUGAAAGUUGCUACUAAUAAUUCAGACAACAACGGGGAAUAA